AGAACACGGUAUUGUCGGAGUGGGCAGGGUCACCGUGCCGUGGGUUGUUGUGGUAACCGAGCAACUGAGGCCGAAUAACUGCCAAGAUGUCGGAGACGGACCCAAAGACGGUGCAGGACCUGACCGCAGUGGUUACUACGCUGCUCCAACAGAUGCAAGACAAAUUCCAGACAAUGUCUGACCAGAUCAUCGGUAGAAUUGAUGAGAUGAGUGCUCGCAUUGAUGACCUAGAGAAGAACAUUGCUGACCUCAUGACGCAAGCAGGAGUUGAAGAAAUAGAAGGAGGAGAAAACAAGGCUCCCAAAUAACCUGAAAAGGAUGAUGGAAGUCUUUGUCUUUACACUUAUCCAAUCUACUUACUUAAUUCAAGAGUUUGUGCUGUGCUAAAAUGCGUUUUUAUAUUGAAAAUAAUGGAUGUACUAACAGCUGUAUUCGAAUUGUCUUUGUAAAAAAAUGUGUUGCUUAAACUUUAGUACACGUUAGGAAGUUGUGCAAUUGUUUACAAAUUGGGUACCUGUUAAAUAUUUCUAAGGAGAAGACAAUUUUGAUGUAGCUAAUUAAACUCCAUUUUCUGACAAAAAAUUUUAAAAAUAUUUUUCAUUAAAUUAUUCACACUACACUGUUUUGAAAUUAAGUUGAUUUAAGAUCUCAUUUCAACUAUAUUUGUGCCAUUGUUGCUAUGUUUUCAUCCCUUGAUGUUUUCAGUAAAAGACCAUGAAGGCCCAAUUUUCCUUUUUUCUUGAUACUAUCAGAAGCCAGCGUGGUGUUGUCAUACAGAAAACUCCAAUCUUAUUGGGCAACUCCUAAGUCUUCAUAAUGUAAUUGUUGCUAACCUGGUAAUGCCUUGAUGGAUGGCACUUAAUGUGAUUAAUUUGCCAGUUGUCAUCGUAAGUUUACUCUAAAUAUUGGCUUUCUUGUUUUUCUGAAUAUAUCUUGGGUAAGAUUGCUCUAACAUAUGAGUGCCUGUGCUUAAUCUUAGUGGGUGCCAUGUAUUUUUCAAUGUGAUUAACAUAUUAAUAGGUAGCAAUUAUAAUCAACUUGUAGGUAGUGACAUUGUUAGAGAAAAUUCUAAGUGGUGAAGGAGUAGAAUUUUCAAUGUUUUAAGUUAUGACACACACAGAUUGUUUUUGAAAAGAUUUCAUUGCAUACAAAUUUUUUUUGAAUGCAUUGAAAAUCUAUCUGCAAUAGAAGCUCUGGCAUAUUUUAAUUAGUACAACGUAUUAUGCUCAUUCUAGAUUUUUAAAAGCAUUGGCUUAAACUAUUUAAUUGGAACAGAUAUGUUGAUUCAGUGAUUUCAUAUUUGCUUAUUAAACACUUGAUCUUCUGUACAACAAUGUAUCUCAUUAAAAAAACAGUGUGAGUAUAGAAGUGUUUUUUAUUUCACUUUUUGGUUCUGACUUCUUGUGUUUUGUACUUUAUAAUGUGUUUCACUUUCAUCUGACAUUCUCUGUCAUACGUUCAUGCUUUGCUUAAGCAGAAUGUUUGGAGAUCAUAAUAAAAUAUAUAAAUCAUUAAUCCAGGGGUCAGCUUAAUCUAAAGGUGAUGGGCAACCUAGUGUUGAUUUAUGUGUUAUUUCAGUUUACUCUGCUGCUAUUUAUAGUCUUAAUGCUGUGUGUUAUUUGUAUUGUUCUUGCAAACUAU